AUGUCGUCAAAACUCCCCUCCGUUCUCAGUGCCACCGACGAGGAGAUCCAGCUCCUUCUCGCGGCCCAGUCGCACAUUGGGUCGAAGAACUGCGACAAGCAGAUGCUUUCUUACGUCUGGAAGCGGCGGAACGACGGUGUUCACAUCAUCAACAUUGGCAAGACCUGGGAGAAGCUUGUCUUGGCUGCCCGUAUCAUCGCCGCCAUUGAGAACCCAAACGACGUCUGUGUUAUCUCCGCCCGCCCAUACGGUCACCGUGCCGUCCUCAAGUUCGCUGCCAACACCGGCGCGCAGGCGAUCGCCGGCCGUUUCACGCCCGGUAGUUUCACCAACUACAUCACCCGCUCCUUCAAGGAGCCUCGCCUGAUCAUCGUCACCGACCCGCGUGUCGACCACCAGGCGAUCCGCGAGGCGUCAUACGUCAACAUUCCCGUCAUUGCCUUCUGCGACACCGACGCGCCCCUCAAGUUCGUUGACGUCGCGAUCCCCAUCAACAACAAGGCCCGGAACUCGGUUGGUCUUGCGUGGUGGCUCCUUGCCCGUGAGGUCCUCCGCCUCCGCGGCACGAUCCCCCGCACCUCGGACGGCUGGAAUGUUAUGGUCGACAUGUUCUUCUACCGUGAUCCCGAGGAGGUUGAGAAACAGCAGCAAGAGGAGGCCGCUGCGAAGGUCGCGGCUGCUGCUGGUGAGCAGGUUGAGCCGCCUGCUGUUGAUUGGGAUGUCACCUCUGCGCCUGUCGCGGGUGGCAUCAACCCUGGUCUUGUUGCCGGCGAGGGUGGUCUCGACUGGUCCGCGGAGCCCGCCGCUGGUGGCCCCACCGACUGGUCAGCAGAGCCUGCGGCGGCUGGCUGGGGGGCAGAGCCCGCCGGCACGAGUGGCUGGGAGUGA